UUUCGAAUCAAAAUAUACUACAGCGACAAAGUUUCUGUCUCUAGUGGAUUACGCUCCGAUGCACCCAUCACUACAGCGAAUUGUCAAAUGUAGAACGUAAACAUUCGUCAACGUCAAAUCAUUUGUUAUCGUCGUGACACAACCAGAAGAAAACACACAGUAGAAUGUUAAACAAGCAAGGAAAAAUGUGCUCCACAAAUGUGUUUCUAUACAGUUCCCAGUAGUUAAAGAUCCUCAAACGCUUCACCAAAUUCAAACCCACUAAUAAAGCUACCCAGAGGGCAAAGGAACGAGCGGCAAGCCAUCGAACAUAUUAGCUCCUGCUAGGACAGGAACGGAAAUGAUAACAACAAAAUACUUCUUUCUGCUUAUAUUGAUUACUGCUGGUUUUGCGUUCAUUCUACUGUAUCAUUGGUUCUCGACAAAGGUCAUUCUUGCUGAUAAGCAGCUAACCAUUCAUCUUGCAGAAGGAAACAAUGAGCAACUGAUACACAGCAACAUCAAUCAUUGGCAAACGGCCACGGCGAAGGUGGACGACAGCACUACUUAUCGGAACUAUGAUGAACAAUUUGUGAUAAUUUACAACCGGGUGCCGAAGACUGGCAGUACCAGCUUCGUUAAUCUUACGUAUGAUCUAUGCAAGAAGAAUGCAUUCCACGUGCUGCACAUUAACAUUACCGCCAACAUGCACGUACUGUCGCUACCUAAUCAGCUCAAGUUUGUGCGCAACAUAACCGCUUGGGACAGUAUGAAACCUGCCUUCUACCAUGGACACAUGGCUUUCUUAGACUUUUCAAAAUUUGGUAUGCCAUCGAAACCGCUGUACAUAAAUCUCAUCCGCCAACCGCUCGAUCGGCUGGUUUCCUACUACUACUUCCUACGCUACGGCGAUGACUAUCGGCCCUAUCUGGUGCGACACCGGGCCGGCGAUACGAUGACGUUCGACGAGUGCGUCGCCAGACAGAAGCCCGACUGUGAUCCUAUGAACAUGUGGCUUCAGAUACCGUUCUUUUGCGGGCACCAUGCGGAAUGCUGGAACCCGGGCAGUAGCUGGGCGCUCGAGCAAGCGAAGCGCAAUCUCGUCAACGAGUACUUUCUGGUCGGACUAACCGAGGAGAUGGACGAGUUUAUCGAGCUGCUGGAGCUUUCGCUUCCCCGCCUGUACAAAGGUGCGGUAUCACACUUUCAAAAGUCUAACAAAUCGCACCUGCGCAAAACGAAGUCCAAGGUGGAGCCAGCGGCCGAAACGGUAGCCAAAAUUAAGGAAUCGUCCGUGUGGCAGAUGGAAAACGAGCUGUACGAGUUUGCGCGCGAUCAGUUCCAUUUCGUGCAGAAGAAGCUCCGCACACCAGGCAGGAACGUGAUGCAGGAUUUUAUGUACGAGAAAAUUAAACCAAAUCCAAACGGCGCCGCCAAGAACUGAUAUAGGAAUCGGGAUCCCCGCAAGGUGAAAUCUCCCAAACGGCGUCGGGAGAAGACAUGAGCGGGACCCACAAAGAGCAAAUCGACGAAUGCAUGAUGCCGCUGAUGCUUGUGAUACGGGUGGAACGAAUGUCCUGUAUGUAUGUGUAUGAGAGAGAGAGCGAGCGAUAAUGUAUGUGGUAACGUGCGUGUCCUUUAGGUGUAUGUGAUUAGUGUUAGCGCAAAAAAAAAGACACGGAGAAGAAACAGAAGCUCAUAUACAAUCUGCAGUUCGAAAUAGGCUAAAAAAUUGUUGAUUAAUUGUAAUUUCUUUUUUCCCUUAGCUGCAGCUUCUCACAGCGCUAAGCGAAGUUAAGGUUCAUCAUAUUUCUUUUCUCACUCACUACGAACUACGAACUGAUCGAUCCUGAAACUCACUUGUAUUGUAGUCGUUGUUGUAGCGAUGUGCUUAAGCAUUUCAAAUAAGCGUAAGGAUUAUUUUUAUUUUAGUCAAUUCUCACAGCUGCAUCGUUUCUCUUCAUCGAUCAGUUCAUUUUAUCGCAACCAUGCUCAUCGUACUGCAAAAGACAACAACUUAACUCAUUCCUAGUACCAAGAACAGUUUCCUACUAAAGCAAAAAAAAAGAAAAGAAAACACAACCGUUCGGAUGAUUAGAAGCGUCUCUUCAAUCACAGCGAGUAUAAAAAAGACGUAUUGCGACAGUUUUGAUAGUAAAACAGCUUACCUACAUAAGAAUUAGGCAAUUAAUAAUGACAUAACCAAAACGCAAGACGCAUACAAUAACUAAAUGAAUAAAAGAAAUAUUUUUAUUAAGCACUAAA